UGUUCAAACCACCCCCUCCCUCCCGAGAUCGAGAGACGGAGAGAGACAGAGAGAUGACAGGAAUGAUGAUGAAAAGGAAGCUAAGUGUUUGUGGUGGUGGAAAAGAAUUAAGAACAACGAAUGCUACUGAAGAAGAUCAAGAUGUAUCAGUAUCACUUGUUGCAUCACUUGUUUCAGCUAUAAGAAAAUCAAUGGUGUCUUGUAGAUUUGAAGAUGCAGAUAAACAAGAUCGAGGGCUCAGCUCUUCUUCAGCUAUGGAGAUUGGAUGGCCCACGGAUGUGCAGCAUUUGACCCAUGUCACAUUUGAUAGAUUUCAGGGCUUUUUAGGCCUUCCUGCUGAGUUUCAAGUUGAUGUUCCCAGUAAAGUCCCCAGUGCCAGUGUUAGCGUGUUUGGAGUUUCAGCAGAAUCAAUGCAAUGCGAUUAUGAUUCAAGAAGCAAUAGUGUGCCAACAAUCCUCUUGCUAAUGCAGGAGAGAUUAUACACACAGAAAGGCUUAACGGCAGAAGGGAUUUUCCGCAUAAACCCUGAAAACAGCAAAGAGGAAUAUGUUCGGGACCAGCUGAACAAAGGAAUUGUUCCGAAAGAUAUUGAUGUCCACUGCUUGGCAGGUCUAAUUAAGGCCUGGUUUCGCGAACUUCCUUCUGGAGUGCUAGAUGGGCUUUUCCCAGAAGAGGUGUUACAGUGCAAUACUGAAGAGGAAUCUGUUGAGCUUGUGAAACAGCUAAAACCAACUGAGACAGCAUUACUCAACUGGGCAAUUGAUCUUAUGGCUGAUGUUGUCGAGCAUGAGGAUUCGAACAAAAUGAAUGCUAGGAACAUUGCCAUGGUUUUUGCCCCUAAUAUGACACAGAUGUCUGAUCCAUUGACAGCUCUGAUGCAUGCUGUUCAAGUCAUGAACUUGCUCAAGACCCUGAUAAUUAAAACAUUACGAGAGCGAGAAGAAACUACAAUAGAAGGAUAUUCCCCCAUGUCCAAUUGUUCCUCUGCUAGGCACAGUGACGAGGAGAUUGACAAUCAACAUGAGAUGAAUACAAGCUGCGAGCUGAUAGGACCUCAUUCAGAAGGUAAUGCAGACCUGCAUUAUAAUGACAACAGUGAAAGUGAAAGUGAAAUUGGGUCAUUUGGUGAGAUAGAAGAAAACUUCUUGAAGCAAUUGGAUGAUAAUGUAAACACAAACAGUUUCAGGGAAUUUAAAGGACACAGAUAGCAAGUCCUGAAAUCGGUCCUGCCUGUAAUGCAGCAUCACUUCUUACAGUAUUCAGCAGAAGGAUAAUUACAAGGUGUAGCCUGAUCACUAGCAACGGAGAAGACCUGGGCCUGAGUUCAAUAGAUAAGAAACUCAAACU